CUCACUCUCAGCAGUUAAGCAAGUGUCCAAGUGAUUAUCACUAAACACAAGUAUUUUAGUUUGUUAUUUAUUUGUGAAUAAUUCAUUUACAUAUUAGAAAUGGAUUUGAUGACUAUGGAUCACCACCAUGAAGAAGAAGCAGAUCCAUCUGUCAAAUCUUGCCCGAUGAUUAUGGUGUUCCAUGCGGGCCACUGUGAGCGAAUUCUAUGGCGUGGCUGGGUAGCAGCGACAGUCACCGAGUUUGUGCUCUCCGCCAUUGCCAUCUUUGUGGUUUCCUUUCUGUACGAGUUGCUUAAAUUUCUGCGAGAGAAUCUGAUGCGAAGAGAGGCACGCAAGGAAGCUGAACGCAUGGCGGAGGAGCUUCGUCAAAAGAGUGUUGGCAAUAACUCGGAAACACAUCUGGCUGAAGUCAGGGAGAAGACCUACUGGCAGCGUAUCUUUGGCUCAGCGCAUAUUAUCCAAUCACUACUGAAUCUGCUGCAAAUUGUCAUCUCCUAUUUGCUCAUGUUGAUCUUCAUGACAUUCAACUAUUGGCUCUGCUUGGCUGUGGUUCUUGGCCUGGGCGUCGGCUACUUCUUCUUCGGCUGGGUUAAGAAGGAUCCCAAAGAGGGCGAGUGCUGCCCGUGAGAGCCUUAUUCAAUAUACUUAUAACUUCAAAGCUUAUAUAUCUGUAUAAACUUUUAAGUAAGCAUGCAAA